AUGGAUCAACAGCUCGAUGUCUCCAAGCUCAGCGAAGCCGACAAGAAAGAAUUGAACCAGAUUUUAACAAAUGAGGCUCAGAAGUCGAACAUCCAGCAGACCGUGCAUCACCUCGCCGACGUUUGCUGGAAGAAAUGUAUCACUGGGAGGAUUUCCUCUGGUCGCUUGGAUCAGUCUGAAGAGGCUUGCGCCCAGAACUGUGUGGAGCGGUGGAUGGAUACCAAUCUUGCUGUUUUGAAACAUCUGGAAGCACUCCGCUCACAAUAA